AAGCUUUCUGGCUAGUUAACACUAGUGUUGAACAACGCGCACGACAAACGCACGCUCAUGUUAUUGAAAGGUAUUCCCCAUUGGUAUUUUAGAAAACGUGCACAAAAUGGUUUUAUUUUUUUGCACGCAGUAUUGGUUUGUGUGGUGGGCAACAACAACAUAAAACGUUCCAUGGUUGUUCGCUAGAGGGCGUCCGGGACCUCUCUCAAAUGACGUCAACAGCACGUAACAGGGAGUAAAGCGACACAAACAGAAGCUUGUGGUCUUCUAGUCGACUGCAUCGGAUAAGCACGCAAUUAACUUUUGUGGUGAAUCAGUAAGAUUGAUUUCACUACAACUGCAACGACGAACGAGUGUGAAAAUGUCUGCAAGGGCCACAGCAAAGUAUGUGGAGGAAAAGGACCGUACUCGUCGACGACUGGAAGAUCUUGGGCUGCAGCCUUAUGUUGUGUUACGCAGAGCUGACGUCACUGAAGCUAUUCGUCCUAAGCAGCAGGAGCCAGAGCUCACCCACAUUAAAGAGGAGGAAGAUUUGGGCAAAGAGGUCCACCACUUGAAUGAACAAAUGCAGCAGACGUUUCUUUGCACCGUAAAGAAGGAGGAAGAGCCGGAGUGGCCUUGUAUCGAAGAGGAGGGAGAAGACUCCUGUGACAUUAAAAAGGAGGAGGAGGAGAUGCCAUUGACUGGUGUCCCUUUAAAGAGUUUUGAUGAGGUGAGCAAAGGGGCGGAGCCUCCAAGCUGUAGCUCAAGUCAACAAAUGACCCGAGAAGGUGACGGAGACCGCUGUGGAGGAUCACAAGCAGCUCCACCAUCAGAUAGUGCUGAUGUGUCGUCACAUGCUACUGCUGAUGAGGCUAAAAAAAAACACAGGCAAUCUUCUCAGUGUGGGAAACGUUGUGCUAAUAACAGUGUUUUGAAACAACACAUGAGAAUGCACACAAGAAAGAAAAACCUUUCCUGCUCAGUUUGUGGCCAAAAAGUCUCUCAUAGGCGAAGCUUAAUCAGGCACACAAGAAUCCACACUGGCGAGAAACCUUUUUCAUGCUCAGUUUGUGGCCAAAGAUUUUCAGUGAAGGCAAACUUAAAAAGGCACACAAGAACCCACACUGGCGAGAAACCUUUUUCAUGCUCCGUUUGUGGCCAAAGAUUUAGUCAGAAAGGACAUCUAAUAAUUCAUACAAGAAUCCACACUGGCGAGAAACUUUUUUCAUGCUCAGUUUGUGGCCAGAAAUUCAGUGAUAAGAGAACCUUAAAAUGUCAUACAAGAAUCCACACUGGUGAGAAACCUUUUUCUUGCUCAGUUUGUGGCCAAAGAUUCCCUGAGAAGGCAAACUUAAAAAGGCACACAAAAAUCCAUACUGGUGAGAAACCUUAUUCAUGCUCAGUUUGUGGCCAAAAAUUCUCUGAGAUGAGAAAUUUAAUUACACACACAAGAACCCACACUGGUGAGAAACCUUUUUCAUGCUCAGUUUGUGGUCAGAAAUUCAGUGAUAAGAGAAACUUAAAAGGUCAUGCAAGAAUCCACACUGGCGAGAACCCUGUUGCCUGCUCAGUCACUUGCCAAAAAGUCUCUAUUGAGAAUUUCGUGUUUGUUGGGGAGAUGAGCAAUGGGCCGUGAAGUUUUCAUCUUUUUGAGCAGAAUCAUGAGUUUUUGCAUCAAUGGUAAUUACCGUUUUUUUCCGUGUAUAAUGCGACCCCAUGUAUAAUACGCACCCUAAAAAUGGCAUGUUGAUGCUGGAAAAAAGCCUGUACCCAUGUAUAAUACGCACCCAAUUCAUUUUUUUUUUAACUCCCAAUGAUCGUCACACACGCAGGGAGGCAAUGGGUCCCAUUUUUAUAGUCUUUGGUAUGGUCUUAACUAGGCUGGAUGUUUUUUUUUUUUUUGGCGUUGAUUUCUCCGACUGCCCGUAAAGGCACCACCGCGAUCAGAUGAAAAGAAAGUGACGUGCGGACAUGUGGAAAAGGCGGCUCUGUAUGGGAGAGAAGUUGAAGAGGAAUAAAAACACCCUUGGAAACCAAAACUUGCCCCUCGUCGUGACUCGGAGCCGCAACAAAUGUUUCGGAUUUGUGUAGGGUACAUUGUGACAGACAGCAAACGAAGAGGUGAUCGAGCAAGCCUUGUCUGAUACGAGAGCAUUGCCUUCGUAUGGAGCGUGUUUGAAGUGAACAGCAGAGACAAAAGGAACAAGGCAAAGUGUUGUGAAAUAAAAUAUUACCUGUAAUAUGCAUUUUGUUAUUUGCUGACUGAAACUGCUAAUUAAACUGUGAAUUGAAACUAA